AUGAGAUUCACAUUAACUAUAUUAAUAGCUAUCUUUGUUGCAUUGUUUGCAUCUUUAACAAGUGCACAUUUAUGUCUUUAUGACCCAGCUCAACGUGGUGCAGCAGUACCAACACCAUUGGGUCCAGGUGAUAACAAUUGCUACAAAGUUGCCUCCAACUGUGGUAAUAUGACAUCAGGUGCUAGUGUAGCAACCUAUUACUCGGGUACUGCCAUUCCAGUCACCUUUCAACAAAACUAUAAUCAUUGGUAUCCAACCAACAUGGGUUACAUGGAUGUAGCCAUCUCUUAUACCGGUGACAAUGGUCCCUACACCACUUUAAACCAACUAGAUGAUUUCAAUGCUUGGGAUAUGGUUGCUCAAACUAAUUUCACUGUCAGUUCUCAAUUACCAUCAACCAAGGGAGCUGCUGUUUUACGUGUUAGAUAUGUAUCAAAUAAUGCUGGUGAACCAUACACUACUUUCUACCAAUGUUCUGAUAUCACCGUAAUUUAA